UUGUUAUUCGACUAUUCAACUGUCAAUUAAAGCACCAUGUGGUGUUCGCGUUUUUUUUAAACUUGGAAUUGCGAAGUUACUUACCAAUUACCUGUAUGGGUAUAAGAUAUCUUUUUAAGUUUAAGUAAUUAACAUGGAUUACGUAGUUGGAAGUGUUGCAGCUUUAGUAUCUGGUAAUGUGACGCCUAGUAGGCCAAAAUUAUUAAAAAGAGCAUUAACUCCUACCAAACACCAACCAUCCCCUAACGUCACCCCAAGGAGUGAAUACGUUGAUGACCGUUCCAUAUUCUUGUCUCCAACUUUACAGAAAAAGAAAGCGAUAGUAAAGAAAUCGCCAAAACGAAUAUUUCAGAAUCCCGACUUGGAUACCACAGUUGAAGAAAGUAACAGCACUUUAACCAACCUAGCUGUAGACAAAGCAAAGAAACAUUUAAAAGAACAGCUAGAAACUGAUGGUCAACACACUAUGAAAAUGAAUGAUGCUAAUGCAAUCACAGAAAAUAUACAAAAUAGUAAGGUAUCAAUAAAAAAGAAAAAAAGACGACAGUCCAAAGCUCAAGAAAGUAGUGUGGAAAACAUUGAAACAAAUGAAGAGAAGGAAUCAACAGAUGUUCCAAUGAAUACAUCUCCAAAGAAGGCAAAAUCUAAUAACAAAGAGAUUACUAGUAAAUUAGAAGUUAUUGAAACUGAUUCCAAUGAAAAUGUUACAGAAAUCAUAAAAACUAAAAAUAAUAAAAAACAUAAAAAGAAAAAAAAUAAGCCAAAAUUAGAAGUGGAAAGUGAGAAUACAGAACAUGAAGCUAGAGAAAAAUCAGAAAUAAAUAUGCUUGAUGCCAAUGAUGAAAUGAUAGUUAAUCCAAAUGCAAUUACUGCUCAAGAUACAGAUUCUGAGCAUGAAUCAGACCAUGAGAUACAAUCAGAGAAUGAACAUAAAGAAACUCUUGACACAGGGCCAGCUGACAGUUCAGAUGAAGAGGAAAAAGAGUCGGAUAAAAAGGGGAAGAAUAAGAAGGCAGAAGAAACAAAGACAGAUAAAUUAAACAUGCCUCAAGAAGAGAGUGAAGAUGAAAUAAAGAGAACCCUGUUUAUUGGGAAUGUGCUUUACAAGCCUAAAACUAAAAAGGAUAUUAAAAAAUUAUUUAGUCAGUAUGGAGAUAUUGACACUGUAAGAAUUCGUGCUGUGCCAGUAAAAGAUGCAACUAUGACUCCAAAACUUGCAAUUAUCAAGAAUGAAUUGCAUCCUGAGAGGACAACUGUAAAUGUCUAUGUCAAAUAUCAGAAGCCUGAGUCUGUAGAAAAGGCUCUGUCUGCAAACAACACAGUAUUAGAUGGUCACCAUCUACGAGUGACUCGAAGUGAUAUAACUGGUACAUUGGAUACUAAGUGUUCAAUAUUCAUUGGUAACUUGCCUUUUGCUAUAGAAGAUGAAACGUUAAGGGGCAAGUUUGAGAAGUGUGGAGAAAUAGAAUCAGUCCGCAUUGUAAGGGAUGAGAAGACUGGUGCUGGAAAAGGAUUUGGCUAUGUCAAUUUUAAAUCCAAGGAUGCCGUAGAAUUAGCGUUAGCACUCACCGAAGAAGAUCUUACUAUAAAGAAUAGAAUUCUCAGAGUAAAUAGGUGCCUACAAAUACAUAGCAAGAAAAGUGGAAACAAAAAUAACAGGGACAACAGAAACGGUGGGAACCGAAACGGUGGCAAUAACAGAAGUGGUGAAAAUAACAGAAGUGGUGGAUACAACCGAAAUGAUGGCAACUACAGAAAUGGUGGAAAUAACAGGAUCGCUGGUAAUAAUAGAAACAGUGGGUUUGAUAGAAAUGGUGGUAACAGAAAUUUCGGAAAUAGAAAUUUCGGUAAUGGAAACCGAGGGUUUAACAGAAACGCACCGGGCAAGUUUGACAGAAAUAAUGGCCAGGAACAAGAUGGUGCGUUUAGAAGAAUAGCAAAUAAAAGAAAGAAUCAGGAUGACGGUGAAGGACCAGCUAAUAAGCUCGGUAAGAAAGAGAGGAAGGAAUUUGUUGGAAGAACUGCAGAAAAGAAGAAGAAAGGAAAAUUCAACAAGGGUCAAAAGAAGAAGAAAGCUCUUAGUGAGAUUUUAACUAAGUAAUUCUAUGACAUGUCAUCACUUCAAUAAAUUUUAAUUAUGUAAUUUGGUGAUGUAUUUUUAUGAAAUAUACUAAUCGUUAUUUUUAUAGAUUGCUUCAUUAUUCGAAACAAUAUAACCGUUUUAACUAGGUUCGAAUCACGACAAAAUAUUAUUGGUGAAACAAAGUAACGAAGAUAGAUCAAUAAUGACACAUACUAAACUGUGUUUGCUUUGUACUUAAAAUGUACAAGAUUGUUUAUGAAGAGGACUACGGAGGGAAGAAAAAUAUCAAUAUGACAGAUUGUACGGAAUUUUAUUUAAAUAAAAAGGUCUACAUUAUUAAACACAAUAUCUUAUUUGGUACAGUAUUGUAUAAUUGUCAUAACAAAAUGUCAAUGUUAGCAAAAAUAAUCACAGUCUGACACUUCUAGCCUAAUCUAGCUCCUAUUGAAUUACAUUUAAGUAUUGCCCGUUCAAAAUUAACCGAAAUUAUA